CAACAGCAAGACACUCGCCAGCGAACAGAUUAAAACCGCGACGAUAGUUAGCCCGUAUUCUAGUCGUCACGCCCAUACGCGCAAAAAUUCGAUAACCCUGCCACCCUAAACCAAGACAACCACACCAAGUGCUGAUCCCAUCGGCCAGUCCGCGCAACCCAACAAGGCUAGGACCGGGCUACCGACAGUCUCGAAGACAGUGAAGGAUUCGAACACAAACAACACAAGAAAAGAAGAUGGCUGGAAAGAAGGGUCAGGACAAUAGCAAGAAGGCGGCCGGCCAGGCGCGCAAGGCCGACGCUGCGGCCCAGAAGGCUGCUGCCGAAGACGCAAAGAAGGCCGCUGCCGAAGCCGCCGACCUAGUGUUCGGUUCCACGUUACUCUGCCGAUUUUGUUUACCGGUCCGUUCUUUGGCCCUUGUCGUCGGCCUUCCGACGCUACAUGAGGAGAGGGGGCUGUAUCCUCGCUCAACAGCAGGCUCCGUGCCCCCGUGCGACAUCUCAUGCCUCCAUAUCUCGGCCCCUACAUGCCUUCAAAGUCUCGCCUUGUCCAUCGAGGCACCCUUGCCCUUGUUCGCCACUCCUUACACAAACACUUCCCUCCGUCAGGAACGCCGGGCUUCCGUUUGGCUCACUUAUCCAAUGUGCACUAUCACAGGCCCUUGCGCGACUGCAAAGUCACCUUCGAUGCGCUCUCCCUACAGUACGGGAAAGACACAUACGCUGGUUGGGUGGGGAGAGUGGAGGAGUCUGAUGGCGACGUGCAAAGCGCGCACAUUUGCACAGAUGGACCAUGACAUUCGCGACAAAGUUAACCCGAAUAUUGGUACUGACCACGAGCUAUCUUACAGGGAAGUCGAAGCCGCGAAAAAGGCCGAGGCGGCGCGCAAGAAGGCAGAGAGAGAGGCACUUCUGAAGGAGGAAGAGAAGAAUACCCCGGGGCGUACGCAACCCAAGAAUGCAAAGACGGCGGUCAGGAAGACAAGGGGUCUUGACCUGUCACAGCUGGACGAUGACGGCAGUGGCCCUCUUGCGACUCUUAACGCAUCGGGUAUUGACAACGCUCUGGAUGCGUUGUCGUUAACCGCAUCUUCAGCCGUUGACAAGAUUGACCGGCAUCCCGAGAGACGCUUCAAGGCAGCAUAUGCGGCGUUUGAGGAACGACGACUUGCAGAGAUGGAGAAGGACGGCAGUGGCCAAGGUUUGCGCCUGAACCAGAAGAAGGAGAAGAUCAAGAAGGAGUUCGAGAAGCACCCAGACAACCCUUUCAACCAGGUGACUGCGCGCUACGACGCCUCCAGGGAAGAGUUGGCCCAACUCAAGGAGCAGGAACGUACCAAGAUCGAGGCCCGACUUGGGUCCAGACGUUAAGCUACCGCGCAAGCUCUUGGGUGCGGACGUAUCGUUUCCCCAUCCAACGGACACAUUGAUAUCUUCCGGCUCUCGUACGGUUUCUUGCAAUGGCUAUGGGCAGGAACUCGCGAAGCUGCGCCGGGUCUUCUCAUCUGCUCCCUGUUCAGGCUAAAUGGUUUUGCUUGCUGUAUACGAAGACACCGCACGGGCUCGAGCACGUCGUAUUCACGACAGCAUACAGACUGGUCGUUAUAAGGGUAGUUG